AAUGAAUGAAGAAGGUGAAUUAGAAUUAAGAGAAGCCUGUGGUAUUUUUGGAUGUGUCGCUACAAAGAAUCAACAAGUACCAUUAGAUGUUCCAACUGUAAUAUCAUUAGGUCUAGUAGGCCUUCAACAUAGGGGUCAAGAGAGUGCUGGAAUAGUAACGACCUAUGGGAAGGACGUUUAUCAGAUUUCAAAGGUUAAAGGGAUGGGUCUAGUGAACCAGAUUUUUAAGCCGGAGUCGCUUGAGAAGCUGAAAGGAAAUAUCGGCAUAGGUCAUACUCGUUAUUCCACUGCGGGAGCAUCUCAAAUCGAUAAUUGCCAACCAUUUAUCGUUGAAACGAUGCACGGCCUUAUCUCAGUUGCACAUAACGGGGAAUUGAUAAAUGCUAAGAAACUGAAAAGAAAAGUUCUUUCCAGUGGUAUAGGCUUAUCGACGGGAUCCGAUUCCGAAGUCAUUACUCAACUUCUAUCUUCUUCCCCUCCAAAUGGGGAGCCCAAUGGGCCAGAUUGGCCAGCAAGAAUUAAAUGGCUUAUGACAAAAACACCUACAUCAUAUUCUUUGGUAGUUAUGCAUAAAGACGUUGUAUAUGCUGUUAGAGACCCUCUUGGUAAUCGUCCACUUUGUAUUGGAAAAGUGCUACCAGGCACUGGAAGUUUACCUAACAUAAAUGAAUGUGCUGAUCAGGAGGCUCACGGCUGGAUCGUAUCGAGUGAGUCUUGCUCUUUUCAGGCUAUUGGUGCUUCUUACUAUCGUGAAGUGGAACCAGGCGAAAUAGUUGCCUUAACUGAAUCUGGCGUAAAAUCGGUCGGUAUCGUUGAAAGACCUGACAACGGACUUCCGGCCUUUUGCAUUUUUGAGUACGUAUAUUUUUCCAGACCGGAUACCCUUUUGGAAGGUCAAAUGGUUUACACUGUGAGGAAACGUUGUGGGAUGAUGUUGGCGCAUGAAGCCCCUGUGGCAGCUGAUUUAGUAUCAACAGUUCCCGAGUCUGCAACUCCAGCGGCAAUGGGCUUCUCAAUAGAAUCAGGAAUACCGUACGUAGAAGUAUUGUGUAAAAAUCGUUACGAAGGUCGUACUUUUAUUCAACCAAGCAGUCGAUUGAGACAAUUAGGGGUUGCAAAGAAAUUCGGUGCUCUCACAGAUAAUUUAAAGAAUCAACGAAUUGUUUUAAUUGAUGAUUCUAUCGUUAGAGGCAAUACCAUGGGUCCUAUUGUUAAAUUAUUGAAAAAAUCAGGUGCUAAGGAAGUCCAUAUUAGAGUUGCCUCACCUCCGUUAAAGCAUCCUUGUUAUAUGGGCAUCAAUAUCCCAACGAGAGAGGAACUUAUUGCUAACAAGAUGGACGAAGAACUCUUAGCCUAUCAUUUCGGAGCAGAUAGCGUACGUUAUCUUUCGGUGGACGGAUUACAAACGGCGGUGAAAGAAGGUAUCAAAGAUAAGGGCAAAGCUGGCCAUUGCGUCGCCUGCUUAACUGGAACUUAUCCUGUCAAACUGGAAUGGUGA